AGUUUAACUAUCGACCAGAAAGGUGAGGGAAAGUGUGCGUGAUACAUCUCUGUUAGAGGACCAAUUACAUAUUAUACUUCAUUAAUGUCUAAAUAACAAAUAUGAGCAAGGACAAACAGCGGGAUGAAAGAUCGUAUUCUGUGUCUGAUGUCAAAAAUAUAACAACUAUGGUCAGGGACAGUAUGUGUUUAGCCUGGCCAGUUCCAAAAGUCGUCGACGGGACCUCAAGUCAAAGAGCAAAGAGUACAUCACCAAAAUACCAUAAAAAACAAAUGGAUGCACUUAAGGUUCCUAAAUGUGAUUAUAAAAGACGUUCAUUGUCGGAUAUGAAAAGUUUGUCUGCUAUGGUACGAGAUUCUAUAUAUUUUGCGUGGCCCGUAGCCACGUCUUCUGAGGAUUUAUCUAAUGAAAACAGAGCAAAGCUACAAAGACAAAAAGAAGUUUUCUGUGACGAGACUUCCCCGGCGUCCGAUUUAACAUUUCGACGUGAUGUUUUCAGCAGACGACAGUAUGGGUCUGUUGAACUGUUAUAUUCUGAGGAUGGAGAGGGAACGAACACAGCAGGAAGAUUCCGAGUAGAAACUGGUGAACAUGAUGGCGAUGAGGUACCAAGCCCGGUUAAUAGUCCUAUACAUCUAGAGAAUCCAGAAUUCCAGACCAGAUGGUACUUUAAAUAUUUUCUAGGAAAACUUCACCAGAAUUAUGUGGGCACAGAUAUUGAUCGAGAACCAUUCCUACUUUCUGUAGUAGUUACUGAUGUUAAUAAUCACAAUGUGCAGCAAUAUAGAGCUAUUUUAUGGUGCAAAAGUGGUGCUAAGAAGAUAUGCUUGCCUUACAAUCAAAGUAAACCUCAAACAGUAAAAGGUAUUUUAAGUCAUUUUAAUCUUCAUAAAACAGAAAGAGGACCAAAAGAAAUUUUUGAUCCUGAAAUUCAGAAAGAUUUACUUGUUUUGGAGGAACAAGAGGGUUCAGUGAAUUUUAAAUUUGGAGUGAUAUAUGCCAAAGAAACUCAGACAUGUGAUGAUGAAUUUUAUAGCAACGAACACAACACGAAAGCCUUUAAGAAUUUCCUUGAACUUAUUGGUGCUACCAUUGUUUUAAAUGGAUGGGACAAAUUCAAAGGCGGCCUUGAUGUUAAAGCUGAUUCUACAGGUACGGAGUCUGUGUACACAGUUUAUGAGGGACACGAAAUAAUGUUUCAUGUAUCUACAAUGUUACCACAUUCCAAGGAGAAUAAGCAACAGGUUGAACGAAAACGUCAUAUUGGAAAUGAUAUUGUAAAUAUUUUAUUUUAUGAAUGUGAUUCACCUCAAAAGUGUAAUUUUAAACCUUCUAUGAUGAAAACUCGAUUUACUCAUAUAUUUGCUGUUGUUUGCUUUUGUAAAGACGAUUUAACAUACAGAUUAAAUGUAUUAUCAGAGGAAUCUGUGCCCUUAUUUGGUCCUCCGCUGCCAACACCAGCUGUCUUUUCUGAUCAUCAAGAAUUCAGAGAUUUUCUAUUAGUUAAAUUGAUAAAUGGUGAAAAAGCAGCAGUAAAUAAUCCACUUUUCACACAAAAAAGAGAACGAACGUUAGACAUGCUUAUUAAAAACUUACAUCAAGAAUAUAUGUCAGAAAUCAAUAAGAAUAAUCUGCUGUACCGUCGUGCAUUUAGUGACGUAAUACAAGAUGUUCAGAGUUCACGGAAAGAAGAAGCCAGGCGAUCGGAGUUUGUACGUGUAGGCCAGACUUUAAAGCUGAAAACCAUUAUAAAAGGUGACGCACCAACAAGUUUAGUCACCACUGGUAUAUUGAAAAGAGAGCCAUGGGAACCUCAGGAAUGUUUCAGUGAAAUAAAAAAUCAGAUUAUAUGUGGAGAUUCAUGGGGGGAUAAAUUAUUAAUUGUGACAGAUACUGGUGUUCUUUUGUUAGAAGAUGGAGUGCUUCCGCGUCUUUUGUUUGAUAAAUCCGUAUCAGUGAAACAGCUAGACGUGGUAGAAGAACUCGAGCUUGUAUUACUAAGAACAGAUAAAGGUAGAGAUGGAAAGGUGGCAGUUUUCCGAUUAACUGAUUUUGAAGGUGAAAAGAACGAAACUUUUAUAAGAGGACGUGUUGAUUGUAGGGACCAUAAAAUAGAGAAAACUAAAGGUUGCCAUUUAUAUGCUCUGUCUAGAAGUGGAAGUAGCCACUUACGAAUGGUAGUUGCUAUUCAUAAACGACUUUUGCUGUUUACGUGGAAACACUCGGCUGCUUUCACUUCAUGGUGUCCGACUAUGGACAUUGACAUAUCGGAUGGCUUUACAUUUGUGAGGGAGUUACAAUCGUUUGAAGUGCCGCAGCUUAUUACCCUUGUUGAUGAAAGUAAAGGAGACAACCAAAUAUGUGUUGGCUAUAAAAAUCAAUUUGACCUUAUCAAUGAGAAAAAUGGUGAUACAUUACAACUCUACAGCGUUGAUAAUAAUAAGGUAACAUUGGUGUCAGCAUUAGAUAUAUGUGAAGACGAAGAAGUAGAAUUAUUAUUGAGUUAUAACUAUGAAAGUCAUUUUCAAAAAUUGUCCGAAGAAAUAUCGAAUGAUUUUGAUUUUCAUUGGAACUCGGAACCAAAGUCUAUUGUAUGUGCCUUUCCGUAUGUGCUUGCUUUUACACAAGACACAAUUGAAAUUCGACUGAUAAUCAAUGGGAAUUUAGUUCAUACCAUGACCAUGCCUGAUAUAAGCCUCAUUACAUCGAAGAAUGAUAUCUACUUUGGAAGUUCAGCAACUGACAGAAAAGAUAAAGAUCACUCAUCAAUAACCCUAUCAUCACCUUCAUGUUCCAGCCAAUCGACUAUAUACAAAAUUCCUCUAUCGUGCCUUGCCGGCCACAUAAGUAAUGACAGGUUAAAUCAGCGAAAACCGUCAUCGACACCAUUACUUGCCCCAAUUACAAAUGGAGAUAAGUCACAAGUAAAACGCAGUCCAUUGGUGCGGUCUAAAGGUGGACUUCAUCCACCAAUUUAUUUAGAACAAAGUGUAUCCUUUAGUUAACAUAAAACACAAACCUGCAAAUUUAUCAACACCAAUCUAGGAAUAUAAUGAAUAUAUGAAUAGACAAACUGCAGGGGUGGUGGCGAAGUUGACAUUUGUCAUUGAUAACUAUCAUAUAAACCACUUGUCAAAAUUAAGAUAUGAAUACAGUCUGUGAUAUAAAGAGAUAUUAGAAGAUAUAAAGUAACAAGGAUGAAUAACUUUGAACUGAAUACAACUGAAUUCAGUGAUAUCGUGAUACAGGGAAACAACCCUUACAGUGUUAUAACUGAACUGAGAUAUCUCUACAGUAUGUUAUGGAUUAUGUGUAAACAAACAUUUGUGUUUUUCUGAUGCAACCGAGAAGAAAAGAUUUAUGUUGUAUUCUAUGAAAACAUGGAUUAAUCCGUGAUUGAAAGUUGAUGAAAGUGGAACAAACAUACUUGUUAUUUUCGGAACAACACUUAAAUUCUUACAUGAAUAGAAAACUAUAUACUUAGUCUUGAAUGUUUUGAGGUUGUGACCUGUGUAGGGCUAACGAAUAUUACAGAAUGUUUAUUAUAAAGACAUUAUAUUUUAUAAACAUCUUGAAAUUAUAAGAAAAUUAUUUAUACCGAAUACAAAUUUUGAAAACUGUAGAAACAAAGUACUGUGAAAUCCAUGUAAUAAGAAUCCCUUUUCAACCCAUACACCUUUGGUUUGUGUACACUGAACACGUGCAUGAUCACAUUUACAAUGAUUGUUCUUUAUAAAAUGAAUCUUUGUAUACCGUGUAUGUGUCUGACUCGAUCUAACCUCAGUUUAGGCGGGAUAUGUUGUAGUUUUUACUUCCCACGUGUCAUUAUUUCAAGAAUUUAAUACUUUAUUGUUGUUCUCAUUCAAUUACAAUUACAAUGUCUUUAGAUUUUAUCACAAUGACAAUAAUAUAUUUUUCGUAUUAUUAUGUUGAUUCAAUUAAGAACAUCAUACCUGAAAUAAAGCUGUAUUUGCUAAUGAGGCAGAUUUAUAAAGAAUAAGUUACUUUCAAUUCUUUAAUAGCUCUUUCACGUGUUAUUUGUACUUAUUGCAAACCUCUGAUUGGAGUGAAUACUCAAUAUAAACAUGACGGAACAAUUAAAACAUAGUAUCAACAACGAACAUUCACAGUCCAAAUAAGCGCAUACAAAAUGCAACGAAAAUAACCAGAUAGAUAGUUCGUAACGUAACUGAGUAUUCUUACUCCAUGUGCUCAGGACCAAUUGCUCUAUCAACAAAAAAUUCAAACAUUCCCCCUUUUCCCCCCUGAAUUCUAAUUGGUGUUUAUCAAAAUAGUGAAUAUGUGUUAUUCAAAAGAAUCGAUUUGUUCUAAACUUUUAAAAAGUUACAAGAUU